AUACCAACGUGGCCGUCCUCUGUGUCACCGGAAGACUUACAGGAAGUGUCAGAGAACGUUCACCAGGCAUGGCUGUCCGUGUGUGCUCCGCGCUGCUCCUCUCCGUGCUGCUGCUGGCGGCUGCCGUGUCCCAAGGUAAAGGUGCACCUUUAAAUUCACCUGAUGAAGAUUCUGUGAAGAAUGGGAACUUGGACAAGCCUUUCAAGACUAAUGCAGGGAAUCCCCGGCCAGACGUCUCCCAAGCAAAGAUCCAGUCUGAAGCAGAGAAGUCCCAAGUUCAAGCAGUAAAGUCCCAAGCAGAUGGGAAACAUGGGGAAAAAACACUGCCUAAAGCAGAGCCGAAUCAGGAGAAGGGACCACCUGAAGCAGGAAACGCCCAGGAGAAGGCACCACUUGUAGGGGGAAAGGCCCAGGAGCAGGCGCAGCCUGAAGCAGGAAAGACCCAGGAGCAGGCGCAGCCUGAAGCGGGGAAGACCCAGGAGCAGGCACAGCCUAAAGCGGGGGAGACGCAGGGGCAGCCUAAAGCGGGGGAGACCCAGGAGCAGGGGCAGCCUAAAGCGGGGGAGACCCAGGAGCAGGGGCAGCCUAAAGCGGGGGAGACCCAGGAGCAGGGGCAGCCUAAAGCGGGGGAGACCCAGGAGCAGGGGCAGCCUAAAGCGGGGGAGACCCAGGAGCCGGGGCAGCCUAAAGCGGGGGAGACCCAGGAGCCGGGGCAGCCUAAAGCGGGGGAGACCCAGGAGCCGGGGCAGCCUAAAGCGGGGGAGACCCAGGAGCCGGGGCAGCCUAAAGCGGGGGAGACCCAGGAGCCGGGGCAGCCUAAAGCGGGGGAGACCCAGGAGCCGGGGCAGCCUAAAGCGGGGGAGACCCAGGAGCCGGGGCAGCCUAAAGCGGGGGAGACCCAGGAGCCGGGGCAGCCUAAAGCGGGGGAGACCCAGGAGCCGGGGCAGCCUAAAGCGGGGGAGACCCAGGCGCAGCCUAAAGCGGGGGAGACCCAGGAGCAGGGGCAGCCUAAAGCGGGGGAGACCCAGGGGCAGGGGCAGCCUAAAGCGGGGGAGACCCAGGAGCAGGGGCAGCCUAAAGCGGGGGAGACCCAGGAGCAGGGGCAGCCUAAAGCGGGGGAGACCCAGGGGCAGCCUAAAGCGGGGGAGACCCAGGGGCAGCCUAAAGCGGGGGAGACCCAGGAGCAGGGGCAGCCUAAAGCGGGGGAGACCCAGGAGCAGGGGCAGCCUAAAGCGGGGGAGACCCAGGAGCAGGGGCAGCCUAAAGCGGGGGAGACCCAGGAGCAGGGGCAGCCUAAAGCGGGGGAAACCCAGGAGCAGGGGCAGCCUAAAGCGGGGGAGACCCAGCCUAAAGCGGGGGAGGCGCAGCCUAAAGCGGGGGAGACCCAGGAGGAGGCGCAGCCUAAAGCGGGGGAGACCCAGGAGGAGGCGCAGCCUAAAGCGGGGGAGACUCAGGAGGAGGAGGAUAAUGAAGAAACACAGCCAGAGGACGAUGAUGAAAUUGAAGAUAAUGAAGAUAAUGGUGUACUUGACAUGAAUUUGGAGUCUGAUGUGAAUAACGACAUUCCAGACCAACAAGAAAAAAGUCCAUCUGGAAAUCAAGAGAACAGUGUUUUCCAAGAGGAGUCCGAAAGCAGCCAUUUCUUUGCUUAUCUGGUUACCUCGGCUAUCCUUGUGGCUGUACUGUACAUUGCUUACCACAACAAACGCAAGAUCAUCGCUUUUGCUAUUGAAGGAAGACGCUCAAAAGGUGGCAGGCGGCCAAAUUCAGGGGAGUACCAGAGAUUGGAUCAUAAGAUUUGAUGUCUUCAGCGCCACCUGUCAGCUAGGAGGUUGCCAUGCAGAAUUGUCACAGAUUUCUCUCCACUUUUAUGAAUGCCAGUGAAUUAGCACCCAGUGGCACCCUGGUCCUAUAGAUUACCCACCUGAACUUGCUGCCGUCUAUGGAAGUUCUCUCUGAUGCUGUAUUUGCACCUUCACAAAUGUCUCCUUAGAUCUGUCAUGGCGUCGACGGGAAUGUUUUUCCAAAAUCCGAGUAAAUAGUACUGUAUGAGAAGCGCUAAUGUUAUAACCGUUCAGUGGCACUAGAAAUGUAUUGUAAUGUAUGUGAGAGCAUCAGAUCACAAGAAAAUAGAAGUCCUCUUCUGUCAAGUGCUUACAGAUGUCAUUGACAUGUGUCAUAUCCCUGUCUGUUUCCAGGAAAGCUGGGUGGCAGUUGACACGGCCACCAUUACAGCUCCCAUUUACAUAGCUGCUGGCCAACAUCUAUCACUUUUAACCCCCAAUACUCAUGAGCAUUCAGUUUGCCCAAGUGUGUGUGUCCUUAAUAGGGAGAGGGGAGUAGCUGCUUCCAGACACCUCUGCCAUCAGCUAGUCUCCCCUGAGAAGAAAAGGAUCGGGCAUGUUGAAAUCCAACUGCCUGAUCACCCUUCUUCAGAGAAGAGUCUGGAUGCCCACAUAUACAUUAGAUGGUUGCCUGGUUCAGCCGAAAUUGCCUGACACGCACUUCUAAUGUGUUUGGUAAGCUUUAGAUGUUGCUACUCUUAGCAGUGGUCGUCACCUAGCUUUCCCAGGCACAGAGAUGACCAAAAAAUGACCCUGUAUGACAGAAGAGAACAACUCAAGGAAUUUUGUUUGGUGAUUAUCUGAUUUUAGGAAAAAUACUUUUUGUAAUAUGUGUUAUAGAGAAUUAUGCUAUAUGACGUAACUUUUUUUAGGAACCCCCUACCUUAUUGUACACAUUAUUUGUCAUUGAAUCCACCCACUUAGUUUUCAGGUGAGACAUCCCAGCACCUUAGGAUGUACCUGCCAUGGAGACAGGCGGCCCUGUUUAAAGGGUGAGCGGUAAGGUCUUGCGGGACAGCGGAAUAUGGCGUCAGCUCGGCAGCCCCAACCGAGCAACUCUUUUUGCCUUUCUCGUGGCAGGUGCACUUUAAAUAUGAAUAGCCCUUUUCAGGCGGUAGAACAUCCCCCUUUUUCAGGUGCAAUUUUUUUUUUUUAUCUGGGAGUUAUUUAAGGUCUUGUUCACAUCCGUGUCAUGGUUUAUGAACUUAUAUCAGGGUCUCUCCAGUACCAUCAAGAAAUCCAUUGUUUUGCCAGACUCGUAUAGCACUGCAUGCCAGAAACUGUGGUCCAGAUGUGAACAGAGCCUUGCCUUUAUCCUGCUCAGGGCAGAGCUUUCUCCUAUUACUCAUCUAUGGCUUUAUAUGGAGGGAUAGACAGAUUCACUUUGUAUAUUUGAUAUCUGCACAACUUGAGCUAUUACUGACCUAUGGCCACCAUGAUGUUCCCUGGCUGAGCAUCAUGGGAAAUGUGGUUCAGUAAUCGCUCGACUCUUCGCUUUAGAGAGAGAAUUUAGAACUGUGUUUUGCAAAAGUAAAAAAAAAAAACCUGUGUUUUACAAAUGUAAAAAGUGAGAAUUCAAUAUAUAAUGUACCUGCUGGUUGUGUGGUAGAUAGGUGUCAUAAAAUGGUAACUUGCACUAAAAUAGAUAGUUUUGC